UGUGAAAUCUCUCCUCCUUCACUCUCUCUAAUGGCGCUUCCAAGCACAGUCUCAUCUCCUUCCUUCAAAUCAACUCCACCAUAUCUCUCCGCCUUCAACCCUAAACCAUUACAUCUCCCAGCUACUUACCGGAGCAUCAACCGUCGAAGCUGUAAACUCCUCUCCUUCCGAUGUUCAUCCUCUUCCUUCUCCGAGAAGCACCACAACGCGAAUCCGCCGAAAUCAGAUGACCUAGUCGAGCUUCCUCUCUUUCCACUACCUCUCGUUCUCUUUCCCGGCGCAACAAUCCCGCUUCAGAUCUUCGAGUUCCGUUACCGAGUCAUGAUGCAAACGCUUCUCCAAUCCGAUCUCAGAUUCGGCGUAGUCUACUCCGACGCCGUUUCAGGAUCCGCAGCUGGAAUCGGUUGCGUCGGAGAAAUCGUGAAGCACGAGCGUCUCGUCGACGAUCGAUUCUUCUUAAUCUGUAAAGGUCAGGAACGAUUCCGCGUCACGGAUCUCGUCCGUACGAAACCUUACCUCGUCGCGAAAGUGACGUGGCUUGAAGAUCGACCGUCCGGUGAAGAGAAUCUGGACGAAUUAGCGAAUGAGGUUGAGGUUUUGAUGAAAGAAGUGAUUCGAUUGUCGAAUAGAUUGAAUGGGAAACCAGAUAAGGAAUCUCAGGAUCUGAGGAAGAAUCAGUUCCCGACUCCGUUCUCGUUUUUCGUCGGAAGUACAUUUGAAGGAGCUCCAAUGGAGCAGCAAGCGUUGCUGGAGCUUGAAGACACGGCGGCUAGGUUAAAAAGAGAGAGGGAGACGCUGAGGAAUACACUCAAUUACUUGACCGCAGCUUCUGCGGUGAAAGAUGUCUUCCCAUCGCAGCCAUAGUUAAAUCGGUAUUUAGAAAAUCUCUUGGUCUCUCUUUCAGCGUUUUCAGUUAUUGGAUACAUUAUAUUUGAUCAAUGUGUAAAGUUUCAGAAACUUAGGUACUAGAUUGUGGAGAUGUUUCAUAGGAUCGUUUAUAGUUGGAUUGAUCAAGAAAAAGGUUUUUACUUG